AAUUUACAGUUUUUUUUUGGUUGAUAAGACUAGAAUAUUAGUGAAAUUAUAACAAAAAUGUGUUCAAGAUGUAGCCGUUGUUGUAACAACACCGAAGACGACGAAACGAUUCCAGACUCUGAAAGUUGUUCAGAGGAAGAAUGGAAUUCGGAUGGAAAAUCCGGACGAGGCCUCUCCGGAAACGAAUCCGGGAAUGCGAGGAGCGAGUCCGAAGCAGACCCGAGGAGCAGAAGUCGCAACAAUCGCAACAGGGACGAUUCUCGAAGGCAUACAUUGACAGGGGAUCAUCAGUACGGUGCGAUGUCAGGACAAGGAGGUCCUCUUUCACGCACGAUGGACCUCGAGAUGAGCUCUUCAAGACUAAGAAAGGGCCAGGCCAGGGGUUAUCCGCCACCUUCGAACGCUAUGCUCUUCGACGAAGAUCCGGGAAUAAUGUCAGAGGUCGAGACAAGUUCAACAGGGUUCAGGCGCGGCGGCAAGCAGAGAAGCUCUCUGCCCGUCGUCAGAACUCCAAGCAAAACCCUCGAAAGACCUUUGGGACUCGUGUUCCUUCAAUACAGGAACGAGACGAAGCGCGCUUUGCUGCCCAAUGAAAUUACCUCAAUUGACACGGUCAAAGCUUUGUUCGUCAGAUCGUUUCCGAAACAAUUAACUAUGGAGUACUUGGAUUCUCCACAAGUUAAAAUUUACAUCCACGAUUCGUCAAAGGACAUGUUCUACGAACUCGAAGAUUUAAGAUCGCACUUGAGGGAAAUCAGGGAUCGCUCUGUGCUGAGACUGUUCGAAUCGGCCGAUGUUAGUGGAGGACUUCCAGGAGCUGGGAUCGGAAUAUCGGGUGGAGUUGGACACUUCGAGGAUCCGAGUUACUUUUCCGAACCGGAAUUCGAUUCGGAGUACCAGCAUCAGCACAUCCACAAAAGCAAGGGUAGUGCAAGUAAAAAUGCUCCGUACUACAUUGGAUCAACGUCGAGUCUACCACGCGCAGGAUUACUUCGAGCUUAUUCUCCUGCAGUGGGAAACGUCCCACAAGAUCGCAUGAAAUCGUUACCAUCUGGUGCACCCCCAAAACCGCAGCGUGCAUAUUCUAGUGGUUCGACUAGGUCGAUUGACGGGGCUCGAGCCCCGGACAGAUUUGCCCAAUUCCAAAGGCCCAACAACUCCUUAUUUAAUAUACCAGAUGGAUACAUGUCAUCACCUGAAAGAGGAUCUCGCUACGAAGAUCCUUAUUACAGCCAAUAUGGAACACGUUCAGGAUCUAUUACACCUGUCAUUGAUGAAGAAAUCAGCGAUACUGAACUCUUGGACGACCAAUAUUCUUUGUACGGGGGUAAAAUUCCAACAACAGGGCCUAGACCUGCACCACGAACUCAAUUUUCUACGCCAGCAGCACCGCCGUAUGAUGCAACAAGGAUACGUGUCGAGCAUAUGGAAAGGCAAUUGGCGAAUCUAACAGGAUUGGUGCAAAAGGCACUCACGCAGACUCCUGCAACACUUCAAGUACCGGCGGGACGCGACUCGUACAGGGGAGACGAUUAUGAUAAGAACUCCAGCUCGAGUUCACAAUCACUGCCAGAUGACACCAUCGUGAGAUCUGAGACAAAAACGCCCAAAUUGGGUAAAAGCGGCUGUCAUAAGUCGGUUUCCUUCGAGAAAUCAGUGUCAUUCAGCGAUGAACCACCAGAUAUGAGCUCUCCCAAACAACACAGCCCACAACACGCAGCGGAUACUAAACCCACAAAGCCUGCCAUUAAGUCCUCUACACUGCCUCGGACCUCCUCGCAGGAGCGAGAUCGUCUGAAACCGGCACCUCCACCAAAACCAGCUUCGCUUUCUCCCAGUCAAUACGAUGGAAGACAUAUCUAUAGAGAUCUACAAUUGACUCCAGAGAUGUACAAUCAGCUGCGCGUCUUGCAGAAGAAAGCCAAAGAUCUGAGGUCGGAAAUGAGAAGCUUAAGACGGAUGUCUCAAGGUCAGGCGCACGCAAUCAAGGAAACUAUCCGCGAUACGUUUAUUAAGAUCAGAACCAUGUUAAUCGUCGGAGGUGAACAAGUUUGGCAAGCAGGAAUGGAUCAAGAAAGGGUCAGAUUGAGCCGAGAGGAGGAUUUAUAUAAGCAGGAAAUGAUACGACUCGAAACUGACUUAAGCGAUUUAGAGUCAACAGUUGAGGAAUUGCGUGGAAAUGUGAUCAACAGAAAAACUAGGGUCAAUAUGUCGGAUGUUGAAAACAUGGCUUUGGUUUUGAGCAAGAGUUCCAAAACUGUAGCCGAUCUAAAACUAAGAUUUCCUGUAUUGCAAGAUAGCAUGAAGACUAUCCUGAGCACUGAAAUGGAGAAAGUUGUACGCGAAGAAAAAUUCUUGAAAGAAGAACCAGAAAGAUUGGAAAGCGCACUGCGAAGAUGCAAGAAAUUAACAGGCACUUUAGUCACACUAAAGAGAUUGGCCAGCGUUCAAGAGCAGAGACUUCCUUGCUCGGCCACAGCCACCGACGGCCGUCUUUCUCCAACUGAGCCUACACCCACAACCCCAACAAAUGCACAACACAGCAAGCCCACUGCCAGCCCACGUGUGGGGCAGAUCAGCAUCGGGGGAGACGCCCCCAACACCGCCGACAGUCACCAACGUCCGGAGAACGCACUCGACGCUCUGCUAGACGAACUCCAGACAUUUUCCAAACCACACACAGUUAACACUCAAACACCGCAAGUCUCUUAUACCGAAUCGGAACCACCCUCAUUGCCCGUCAAAGGCAUACCUCCAUCGCAUUUUAAUCAUCCCCCAUCAAUGCAAGAGAUCGGUAGGAAAGGCAGCAUGGACUCGGCCACUUUGUUACCCACUCAAAAUCUAACAGUAUCUACAGCCACUGGAAGCCUCCGAAGGCUGCAUUCGUAUCCGAGCGGUUCGGACACCGACAACAGUCCACCAAUUCAACCCAUACAACGAUUAGAUUCUAGUAAACCAUCGGGCAAACCGCCGAUACCAGAAAGAAAUGCCGAACUACUUCAACAUAUAUCAACGAAACGAAUUCCACCUCCGCCACCGCCGAGAACUAGCUCAAAGUCACCACUAGCUUCGCCAACUUCACCUAGCCUACCGCCUAGAUCUCCUGCCACCAACCUGCAGCACAUCCAGAACGUUCAGAACAUGGUUGACACCAAGCCUCAGUCCCAGUUCGAAGCUGCUACUGCCAAUCUAGGUUUCGGCACACUAAGACGAAACCUCCAAAACCGCUCAAGCUUGAAAGACAGAGCUCAAACGUUACCGAGAAAUUUAGGGUCAAACCUCCAGGUAGCACAACCGGAAGGAGAUAACAUGAUUUCUGCAAGCAACAGCAGCAGUUGCGAAAGCGUGAACUCGCAAGACGGCACCAAGAAAAGAAAAGAGGAAUUGGAGCAGCGUCAUCAGGAGUUGCUCAAGAAACAGAAGGCCUUACAGGAACAAUACAUACGUCUGCAACAGUUACAACGAGGAACUAAUACUUUGACGGUCAUUCCACCGACACCUGACCAAUUACUUAAGAAGACCGGUAGCGAGUCGAACAUACUACAAAAAAUGGGAUUGCAGCUCUCCACGUCCCAAAUCACAGGGUCCUUAACGAAUUUACCAAAUACAACUGGUCAUACACCGAACAAGAACACUCUAACAAACGUAACCAACCAGAACAACAACUCGACAACAAUUGAAGAUACUAGUACCAGCUCAAACAGCAGUAACACUACAAACAAAGUCUACGAAACAGACAUACUGUGACCAAUGACAAAAAAUGUCAUUCAUACUGUAUGCUAGCUUUUUAUCAAAUUUCAUAUCAACCUGAAUUCUCAUAUACAGUAGUUUUCACAUAUAACAUGGAGUGAAGAAUUAGUUUAUAUAGUAAUCGAUUUUCAUUUAUCACAUGUAAUGGAAUAUUAUUGAAAUGCAUGUGAGGAAAAUACCUACAUAUAUUCUAAAUAAUGAAUGUUUCAAGCUAUAUAAUAAUACAUAAUAUAAAUGUGACUUAUUAUACACUAAGAUUAAAAACAAUUUUUACUCAAUUUAUCGUCAGAUAACCAUUAGCCAAAUAUAUG